AUGACUGAUCCAAACAGCUCUCACCGUCUGUAUGACUUCAGUAAAAUGUUCGAUGAAGAAUACAACUACACUGACCUCACUGACUUUUAUGUGGAUGAAAAAACGCUUCUCUGUCCUCCCGUCACCAUAGCAGAUGCAAUCCACAUUUCAUUUUGUGUCUUUUAUAUUAUCAUCUUUCUGAUGGCCAUACCAGGGAACCUGAUUGUCGGCUACGUCAUUGGUUCAAACAGACGGUUGCUCUCUCCUUCGGAUGUCUACUUAUUCAACCUAAUGCUGGCCGACACUCUUCUGGCCCUAAUCUUGCCCUUUUCUGCAGUCUCCGUGCUGCAUGGUUGGGUGUUCGGCAAUGUCGCAUGCAAACUGGUUUCACUGGUAAAAGAAGUGAACUUUUACACCAGCAUCCUAUUCCUGGUGUGCAUUAGUGUGGAUCGCUAUAUGGUUAUCGUCCGAGCUUUGGAAGCUCAAAAGGAUCAGAGGAGACUGAACAGCGGGGUUGCCUGUGGAGUCGUGUGGGUUUUGGGAUGUUUCCUAUCGUUACCGUCACUCUACAACGAGGCUUUUUAUUCCAAUAUGGCCAAACAGACUGUUUGUGCGGAACGCUUCAAAGCAGAAAGCGCCGAUGAGUGGCGACUGGCCACUCGUAUUUUGAGGCACCUCCUUGGUUUUGUGAUACCUUUAGUGGUCAUGUUGACCUGCUACAGCAUAACAAUAGCACGGCUGUUGCGUACAAGGGGUUUCCAGAAACAGAGAGCCAUGAAAGUGAUUGUGGCUGUGGUUGUGGCUUUCCUUCUAUGCUGGACCCCUUUCCAUGUUGUGACAAUUGUUGACACUCUGCUGAGGGUCAAAGCAAUUAAAUUCAGCUGUUACACUCAAACAUCUGUGGAUGUUGCCAUGUUUGCUACCGAAAACCUAGGCCUCCUACACUGCUGUGUGAACCCCAUGCUGUACGCUUUUGUGGGCGAGAAGUUCAGAAGAAGGUUUCAGCAAAUGCUCUAUAGGAGAGGACUUCUGGAGCGUUUCCCGGUUUCCAGAUCUAGCACGUCUUCUUCGUCCAGCUUUCUGUAAGCUACCCCCACAAAACAUCCAUAUCUGGUCCAGUGUUGGACCAGAAAUUCUCGUUGACCAGAAUGGAGGCCUAGGUAGCUCAGUGGUAAAGACGCUGGCUACCACCCCUGGCGUUCACUAGUUCAAACCCCAGGGCGUGCAGAGUCAUAUGGGGUAACCUCCUCGUGGUCACUAUAAUGUGGUUUAAUCUUGGUGGAAUGCGUGGUGAGUUGAGCAUGGAUGGUGGAGGGUGUGAAGCCUCCAUACACACUAUGGCUCCAUGGCAACAUACUCCACAAGCCAUGUUAUAAGAUGCGUGGGUUGACAGUCUCAGACAGGGAGGCAGCUGGGAUAUGUCCUCCACCACCCGGAUUGAAAUCAUUAUGUGACCAUGAGGACUUAAAAAGCACAUUGGGAAUUGGGCAUUCCAAAUAUGGGAGAAAAAUAAAAAAAAGAAAUAAAUAAAAAGAAAUGCUCAUUGACCAAAGGAGGCUUUUAAAACACCCUCCAAAGCACAUCAAAUGCUGUUUUUUUAACAGAGAAUGGACUUCAAUAAAUGUAAACUGCAAUCAACCAAUGGAAACAAAACAUGCUGUAAUUGCCAUGCUAUUGUUGGUCAAAAAUAGUAUAACUUUUCCUAUAGGUCCUAUAAUAUUGGGGUGGCUGUGGAUCAGGUGGUAGAGCAGGUUGUCCACUAAUCGAUUGGUGGUUUGAUUCCCGGCACCCUUGACUCCACAUGCCAAAGUGUCCUUGGGCAAGUCACUGAACCGUUUCUGGAAGUGAAGUGAAUGGAGCCAGUCCAUAAACAAUUAAAUACGUUACACAAUGUUUCAAAAGUACAGUCACUAGAGUUAAAAAUGGCAUAUAUGUUAGAAUGAUUUUAAUGUGAUAAAAUCACUUACAGGGUGUACAGGCAUUGUGUCAUCAUGGCACAACAUUUUUAAUAUUUGAUACAUUUACAAUUUGGUUAGUAGUUUGAUAAGCAAUUUUAUCACACUAAAAUUAUGUUAAAGGAAUAUACUGGGUUAAGCUCAAUUGACAGCAAUUACACAAUAAAGUUGAUUAGCACAUACAAAAAAUUUCCACUCAUCCCUCCUUUUCUUAAAAAAAGAAGAAGCAUAAAUGGAGGUUACAGUGAGGCACUUACAAUGGAAGUGAAUGGGGGCAAUUUUUUGAGCGUUCAAAGGCAGAAAUGUGAAGCUUAUAAUUUUAUAAAAACAUUAAUUUAGUUCUGUUAAAACUUGUGUAUUAUUUGAGCUGUAAAGUUGUUUAAAUCUUAAUUUUUGUGGUAGCUUUAGGGCUUAUAGCAUUACUUUGUCAUGGCAACUAAGUAAAAUUGGAUAAAACUUUGCACAGAAAAGGUUAGUAAGCGAUUUUAUCAUACUAAAUCAUGUUAACACGCAUAUUGUUUCUGUCUUGUGAACUUUUGAAACAGUAAGUAUUUUAAUGUUUACAGAUUGGCCCUGUUCACUUCCAUUGUAAAUGCCUCACUAUAACCUAGAUUAGAUUUGCAUUACUAAUGCAAUGUUUUACAUGAAGUGCCUGGGGCCAGGCAGUUGUGUAAUGGGCCUUUAGACAGACAUAAUGAGAGCAAAGCUUCUCCAUGCAAAAUGUAUAGUGGAUUCAUGUUUUGUAUGAUUGUUAUUGAUGUAUUUUCUAAUUUGUAAGUUAAUAAAAAUUUACAA